UGUUAAUCGCGGCAUUAAUCUCCCGGUGAAUUCAAAAUGGCCGAAGUCGAAGAAGCGAUUUCUGAAGUUUGCAAUUUAUCGAUGAAAACAUCCAUUAACGAUUCAAAGAAAAGCCCAAAAGAUCUUCCAACAUACGUCCUUAUACAGGCGCAGAUUCAAGAUGUAUUCAAAACACAGAUGGAACAAUUACAACGUUUAAAUGACGAUGUCAGUCAUCAAAAAUCUGUUCUUCAAGAAAGUUUGCUUACUCGAGAAGAUGAGAAGAAGAAUAUGAAAGAUUUACAGGCUACCAUAAAAGAUAAAUAUGUACCUAAAGAAGAAUUUGAAAAGAUUUUAUUAGAACUACAGACAGAAAGAUAUGAACAUGCAAGAACACGGAACAAAUUAACAGAGGUUACUGAUAAACUGGAGUUUUCACUUGGUGAAAUAGAGAUUCUCACCAAACAACUAGAACGAGAAAAGCUUUCAUUUGAGGCUUCGUAUAACAGUUUAAAGAAUAAAACAGUACAGAUGUCAAACAGACAGAAAGAUAUUGAAUCAAAAUGGACAGAAACAAAGACAAGGUGUAAAAAUCAAGAAGUCAACAUACAAGAUAAAGAUGAGGAAAUAAAAAGGUUACGAAAUCUGUUGAUGGAACAAAGUCAUAAAUACAAACAGAAAGUCGGGGAAAUUGAUGUUGAAAAACAACAAGAACAAUACAUAGCUCAAAUGAUGGAAGAAAAAACAAAUAAAAAACUGGGAACUUCGAGGAAAAUUGGAUCGAAAAGAUGAUUUCAGAUUUCCUCACAACCAUAACAACCUCAAACUCUUAAAUAAGUUAUUUCACCAUUGCCUUUAUUACUAUCCAUGGUUCUAAUGGUCAUGGUAAAUUACACUCAUGUUCAGUGUUUACUUGGAGAAUACCAGCCCUAACCCUAACCCUAGAAGAAAUGCUGCCAUGCUGGGAAAUGAGGUUUAAUGUCCUACUGCACCAAUAAUAGAGAUAGUCAUACUCAAUGCAGUGUGCUGUGAGGGAACUUUUUUGUUUUUGACAGCAGUGUUUCAACCAUUUUCUUCAAACUGUUGAAGAUUCAUCAAUAUGUGCGCUGAUGUGGUUUCCUGUCGAACGACUAGAUGCAUUGUCGUUGACAAGACUCACUGUCCUGCAUCAGAGGAUCUUUCUUGACCAAUUUGAGGAGAAAACCAGCUGCUGACAUACAUUUCCUUUUCUGAUGCCAGUCAUUGAUUUUCUGCAUAAAUUAUGAUUGACACCAGUCAUAUAUGUGUAAUGUACUGAAUAGUUGAUCACCCAGGAUGUUUCUCAAAUAGAUAGGGUCUGGUCAAAAAAGGCUACAAACUGGUGAAAUGAAAUGGGAUUUAACAUCCCACUGUUCAGCCCCAACUCUACAAACUGGUAGCCAUGUGAAUUAUUUUAAGAUAUAUACAUGUAUUGCUAUUGUCCAGUUUAAACAAUAUUUGAUUCAAGUGAAACCCUGUGUAUAUUCUUUCAAUGGUGUCCUUCCUGGUGUAUACCAGUGUUUCUUGUGUAUACGAUUGUGAUGUGGUGUAUACCAGUUUGUCUUGUGUAUACCACUGUGCAGAAAAAUAAAAUGUUAAAACACGAUUUCAUUUCCUUUCUUGAAAUUUCCAUUGUGUGAUGGAUAAAGUUUUCUGUUCAUCAUUAAUUAGAGUAUGGUGGUACAGCUACAUUUAUAUGAUUAUGUUUGAUAUACUGUGUGUGAGAAUUAUUGAAUGGAAAUUAUAACAAUGUGCCAUGUCUUAUAUUGCCAGAGUUAUUACCCUUUGUGCUUUGUCCCCUAUUUAUAUUAGAGAAACAUUGUACAGCUACUUGAUUUACUGUGAUAAUUUAUUAAAUGGAAA